AUGUCAUCGAAUGAUGACAUGUUAGUGAAAAAAGUCGAACAACAAGUAAAGAAUGAAAAUUUUCCUUCUGCUAGUGGCUGCUUGUUACCAUCGCUGGAUCUGAUAUCACCAAUCGGAAAGAUAAAGCAGAGAGAGCCAGGACCUAUCACUUCAACCCCUCGUGUAUUUGCUGCCGAACGACGGGAUCACAUAUUUCAGUCAAAUUGUUUCGACAAAUUAUCGCAUAUUCAUGAAAAUAUUGCAUUAUUUUCGGAUGAAAAGGAACCAAAGUUAUCUUCAACAAACAGCAUUUCCACCAGUAAUGAAAAAAAUCUUCACUUGAUUGGAGGAGUUGAUCGAAGUCGCAGUAUACUCAGUAGUGCUGUGGUUUCACCUUUAGAACUCGAAAAAAAGAAAAAAAGUGGUCGGCAGAUUACUAUAGCGAAGAAUCUUCAUGAGAAGCGAAAAAUUAUAUGGGGUGAUACUGGUCAGAUUGUAAAUAACUCGGAAAUGAAGAGUCCUUUAACUGAUGAUAAAGAGCCUGCUAGUCCAAUGCAAGUGAGCACAGCGGAGGGCACUAGUAAUAUGAAUAUCAGCAAACGAAACUCGGCAAAUAAUGAAGCAGAAUUGUUGAAGGAAGAUAAAAAAACGAAUAACUGCAACUCAAGUGAUAUAUUUAGCACAGGCGAUGAUUCUAAAAUAAAAGGAGUGCAAAAAAUCUUUCCGUCGAACGUGUUAACCAGUGCUGAAUAUACCGCUUCAAUAGAAACCGAAGUUGUUAGUGAUAAUAAUUGCUCGUCAUUGCUGGUCGAAAAGGAAAACAUAUCUACGUUGAAGAAAUCAUCAAAUGAAAUUGAAGAUAUAACUGCAGCAAAUAGCUCGAGUGAAGAUUCUAUUCACAUCAGUACCACAGAUUCGUCAAUUGAAAUAUUGGAUGACAUUGAAAGAAGUGUUCUGGUUACCACAAAUAAACUUGUCGCAACAUCGAUUCAUGAUGUUUCUGAUUCUCCACCACAUUACACUUCAACAUUGGAACCUACGCAGAAAAUUCCAGAGACCUUAUCGAGAUUGGAAUUGGAAACGCAAUUGCAAAAUUUGAAGAACCUUAAACAAAGUGCGAAUUUGUCGAAAUUACCAGACUGUGGGCGGCGAUUGCUAGAAAAAAUUGAAAUGUUGGAAGAGGAAUUAAUUAAUCGGGAUGCAUUUGGAAGGAAUGCAAAUGUCUCUCCAAAUGAACCUAUUGAAAGGGAAGAAGCUAGUAGUGUUCAAAAAAAGAACGAACCAUCAGUGAUUUCUUCUCAGAUUAUAACUGGAGGACACCGGCUGUUUGGUGGAAAAAUGACCGACAAUCGAAUUUGCCUGGCCAAUGCAGUUACUGGACAAGUUAUUGCUCAAAUGCACAGUUCACUUGCAAAUGUCCCAGAAAAUUUGAAAACGAAUACACCAACUAGUUUGCUUACUGAACUAAUGCCUCAUCAAAAAGAGGGCCUAACCUGGUUGCUGUGGCGUGAGAAACAAUCGUUACCUGGUGGCAUCCUUGCUGAUGACAUGGGUUUGGGCAAGACGUUAAGUAUGAUUUCACUCAUUGUAAACGUUAAGGAAAAUCGUAAGCAGAAUGAAGAAGUGAAAGGAUCAAACAAACAAGUCACGAAAAGUAGUUGUUUAAUCCCGUCCAGAACCACAUUAAUUAUCGCUCCAGCUUCAUUAAUCUUUCAAUGGGAAGCAGAAUUUCAAAAACAUGUAAAAAGUGGCUUUCUUUCUCGAUAUGUGUUCCAUGGACCUAAACACAAGCGCGAUAUAAGUGCUGAAUGCCUUGCACGCUAUGAUGUCGUUGUCACUACAUAUGGAAUUGUGAGCAAUGAAUUAAGCGAGAAAUUCACUGCAGUUGGUGUCGAAGAUGAAAGGAGUAGUAAUGAUGCAAGUGCUUCCUAUGCAGAAAAGAACGGAAAAGGAAAAACAAAACGAAAGAUUUCAAGAAAACUGGGCUCCGUGCUCACGAAGAUAGCCUGGGAGCGUGUUAUUUUGGAUGAAGCGCAUCAAAUCAAAAAUAGGACAUCAUUAAUUUCUAAAGCGUGCUGUAAAAUUCCUGCUGUAGCUCGUUGGUGCCUUACAGGCACACCAAUUCACAAUAACUUAUGGGAUUUAUAUUCCCUGAUCAGAUUUCUGCGUGUGGUGCCCUUCGAUGAGGAAGCUGUUUGGAAAGAAUAUAUUCUAUCAGCACAUUCGUCACAAAGAUUAAAUACCCUGGUAAAAGGCUUAUUACUCAGACGAGAAAAGAAUCAGUUGUGUACGGAAACAAAUAAACCGAUUGUUGAUCUAAAGUCAAGAAAGUAUGAAGAAAUUGUUAUGAAAUUUGAAGGCAUGGAAAAGAAGGUUUAUGAUUACAUGUUUCAGGUUUCAAGGCAACAAGUAAAAGAACUAAUCAAAACAAGAGAGGAAAAAGAACGGGAUCUGUAUGGUAUUGGAUGCAGAAAUAAACCAACGAAGAAUCCAUUUUCAGGUGAUCCACAAACGACUCGAAACAACAAUAAUUUUCAAGCAAUGAAUUGUGUACUAACGUUAUUAAUGCGAUUACGACAAGCCUGUGUGCAUUUUGUAUUAAUAAACCAGGCAGUCGAUAUGGAAGCCCUCCAGACGUUAGGCGUUGAAGAGGAUGAAAAUGCUGGAAUGUUGUCGAAGUGUUUUUCGAGUAUAUCGCUUUUGGAUGAAAAAGCUCUUAGCGAGAAGUUACUGGGUGACGACGGGAAUAAACAAGUGGAACAGCUGUUCCAGAAAACUUUUAUUUCAACAAAGAUCAGGAAAUUAUUUGAACAAGUGGACUAUGCUCUUUCUUGUGGCGAUAAGUGUGUUAUUGUAAGUCAAUGGACCAGUCUUUUGAACAUUCUGGAGUAUCAUUUGGAACGGAAAAAAAUUUUGUAUACAUCUAUUAAUGGGAAAGUUUCGAGUAGUGACAGGCAAAAUAGAGCUAAUAGCUUUAAUAUGGUGGAUAGCGGACCUCGUGUUAUGCUGUUGUCAUUGACAGCCGGCGGAGUGGGGUUGAAUUUAGUCGGUGGUAAUCAUCUGUUUCUCGUUGAUUUGCACUGGAACCCUGCCCUCGAGCAACAAGCCUGUGAUCGUAUUUAUAGAAUUGGUCAAACGAAGAAUGUUUUUAUACAUAAGUUGGUUUGUUUGGAAACAAUCGAAGAGCGUGUUUUGGCAUUACAGCGAAUAAAGCAAACUUUGGCAAAAGAUGUUCUAGAUGGAGUUGCUUCAAAGAAACUCAAUAAAUUAACGAUUGCUGAUCUGAAAUACUUAUUCGAUCUGGGUCGUCCACGUAAUGAUUUAGCUAUUUUUGCUGAUACCGCUUGUUCGUCGAAAUUCAUCCCAGCAACUAUUUCUAACACUAAUACAGGAUCUUUUGAUACUCUUGCAACAGUAAGAAAACCCGGGUCUCUUGUACAGGAAACUGUUCUAGUACAACCGAAUUAUUAA